AUGUUCGCCGAGCUGGAGAUUGUCGGCAAAACGUUUGUUGAGCUGAAAAUUGUCGGCAAGAUGUUCGCCGAGCUGAAGAUUAUUGUCGGCAAGACAUUCGCCGAGCUAAAGAUUGUCGGCAAGAUAUUCGUUGAGCUAAAGAUUGUUGACAAGACGUUCGCCAAGCUGAAGAUUGUCAGCAAGACGUUCGUCGAAAUGCAGAUUGUCGACAAGACGGUCGACGAGCUACAGAUUGUUGACAAGACGGUCGACGAGCUACAAAUUGUCGACAAGACAUUCAUUGAGCUACAAAUUUUUUAUAAGACAUUCGUCAAGAGAUUGUCGGCAAGACGUUCACCGAGUUGUAGAUUAUCAGCAAGACAGAAAGAUCGGCAAGACGUUUGUCAAGCUAAAGAUGAUAGAUAA